CACGCUUCUCUUCUUGCUACUUGACCUCUUCUGCCCCAUCAUCCUUCAAGGCGGAUUUUCAUAGCAGCAGUCAGUCUCUUCAGCUCCCUGCAGAAUCCGAGAGAAUUCAAGCCCCCCCGCCCCCUACUCUCACUGCCUUCCGUUACUGUCGCGCCGUAUCAGUGAACAGCCGUGCCUGAGGAUCAACAACCAUUCUGAUCCAUUGGGCCUACAAAAUCGCACCAAAUCACCUGCGAUGCGUCCGCGAGAAACUACAUAAUCGCCUUGAUCGCAAUUUUCAUACUCCACCUUCCCUAGUUCAUUGUCCAGAACUGCCCGGUACCUCGUCAUGCCUUCUAUACUCACCGACUCCGACAAGGAGACUGUUAGAAGAAUUGUUCCUAAGCCUGCGAACAAGAUCCUUGCUGUAGCCGUUGCGCGCCUCUACGUGGCAUAUCCAGACCCCCAGAGAUGGACUUACACUGGUUUACAAGGUGCUGCAGUGCUGGCAAAUGACUUGGUUGGCCGCACCUUCUGGCUCAAAUUGGUAGAUGUCUCGCCUGCUGGAAGAGGCGUCAUUUGGGAUCAAGAGAUCUACGAUAACUUCGCAUACAACCAGGACCGCACAUUCUUCCAUACCUUUGAGCUCGAAGACUGUCCCGCCGGGUUCUCUUUCGCAGACGAGAAAGAGGCUAAGACUUUCAUCAAGAAAGUUCACGAGCGAGAGAAGCAUGCGAGCAAAGAGACACGGCAGACACCAUUUGCGUCGACUCGUGGCCAGGGCCCUGCCCCGGUGGUGAACGGCAAACACGGCGUAGGCCGAUCGUUGUUUGGCAGCUUGCUCGGGCAUCGCUCAUCGUCCGGGUCUCACGCGCAAACGAUCACGCCUGCAGAACUACCACCCGCACCUUCGAUUCAGGUCGCUCCCCCGCCGCCUCCAGUUAGCCCGCCACGCAAGGAGCUGCCUUUCGACACCAGCGACCCGGCAUGGAAGGGGCUACUGGAUGAACUCUUGCAGAUGGGAAUCACAGAGGACCAGAUAGCGGAGAACUCCGAUUUCAUCAAGGCGUAUAUUGAGCAGAAACAGGGUGCUUCUGGUUCAGACUCUAGUCCGUCUCUGGCUGAUGACCAGAGGCGAGGAAAAGCUCCACCUCCGCCUCCCCCUUCUGCCCCGCCAACUCCGAAGGUGGCAGCCCUCAGCCCGCAGAACACUGGCAACAGUGGGGGUAGCAGACGUGGCGCUCCUCCGCCCCCUCCUCCAUCACGCAGGACUCGGACUGAUGUCGACGAUGAACCUGCUACGCCUGCAUCGAACCGCGAGCCUUCGCCUCCAAGAAACCGCUUCCGUGCCCCUCCACCAAUUGCAGAUGCAGGUAAAUUUGCCCAUAUUACGGGUUCCAUUGCUCCCGGUCGUCAGCGAGCAAUGUCCAGCACGAAUCCAGGCCCUCCCCCUCCCCCUCGGCCUCCCAAGACACCAAUGGAAGAUAAUCAUUCUCGGUUUGGAGUGCCACCUCCUUUUGAUGGAGUGCGAAAGGUGUCCGCUCCGCCAGCACCACCGAGCCGCAGCCCUAUACCUUCCGCGCCGCCGCCGCCGCCUCCGCGCACAAUGAGCCCUGCCGCGCCACCCCAACUUCCACCCAAGAUUCCCAAUGCUGCCGCUCCAGGUCCCCCGCCUCCUCCCCCAAGAAGUCCAGCUUCAGUACCUCCGCCUCCUCCACCUGUACCCUCGAGCUCCCGCCCAAUCCCACCUCCACCGGCGAGUAGCGCAAUUCCGCCGCCUCCUCCCCCACCACCAUCGUCAAGCGUGCCUCCCCCUCCGCCGCCCCCACCCCCUUCGCACCCUUCAGCACGCGCAGCACCCUCAUUACCCCCACCUCCGCCGCCGCCUCCGUCAAGCACUGGACCUCCUCCCCCUCCACCGCCGCCGCCUGCACCAGGCGGUUCUGCUCCUCCACCUCCACCGCCACCACCUCCUGGUGCUGGCGCUCCUCCACCUCCACCACCACCCCCUCCUGGCGUUGGUGCUCCUCCGCCACCACCUCCACCAGGUGGUGCCGCUCCAUCACUGCCCGCUCCGGAUGCGGGUAGAAAUGACCUCUUGGCUGCUAUCCGAGCAUCAGGAGGGAAAGGAGGCGGUGGACUCAAGAAGGUCAAAGACUCGGAGAAGAAAGACCGAAGUGGUGCCUUUGUGCCCGGCUCUAGUGACUCAGCCGCGGCUACACCAAGUCCUGGAGGCGCGCCUCAAGCAGGGUUGGCUGGAGUUCUACAAGACGUCCUGGCAAAGAGAAAGCAAAAGGUCAGCGGGAGCGAUGACGAAAAGGAGGACGACGACGAUUGGUGAUUGCUGGGCGGCAUCUACCUUCUCGAUGCUAUUUCGUUCUGGCGUUGCAGUGUGUUAAGCAUGAUUGUUUGCGCCAGAUAUCUUUGUUCUAUACCUUCCCUUCCGUUCUCUUUAAGUGCCCAGGGUUCACUCUGCUUACUGUGCGGUCGGCACGCCUGGCAGUCGGUUGUCUUAACUAGCUAGUCCUUGCGCAGUGCAGCUGUACUUCCUAAUCGGGUGAUGGUGACUUCCUGAACACAUUGCUCUAUUUGAUUCUAUAGACGAGAAAUUGGAAGUCGGUGUCUCGCC